UCCAUGUAAAUGUGCAUCUUUUUACGAUUGAUUAUAAAAAACAAAGCGGUUUUAAGUAAGCUUCAAACAGUGAUCAUAAAAGAUAGCACGCAUUUUUACUUUAAAACAUGGAUUACUUAUUAUGUCCACUAAAGUUAUGUUUCAUUCUAGUUGUGGUUGUUUAUGCUCAGGACAACAUUGCACGAAUGGAAUUUCAAAGGAUAUCUUCCAAUCAACCUGACAAACAACAAAUGGUCACUGAGCUUCUUGUUGACUAUUUAAGUAAUGAUACAUUUCAGAUUAUGUGUAAGUUAAACAACAUGGCUACACUGAAAUCGUUAGUCUUGUGGCAGGCUGAUGUUCCUUUCCAAGUUAGAAUGCAGAAUACUAAUCCAUCAAUAACAAAAUCAUACCGAAAACCUGCUCUGGACUCCGACGUUUCUGACUGGACAGCUGUUGGUAAUUUUAACAAUGUGACAAGUAGUCGGUUCUCAACACUUGGUGUUUCCCGGCCUGUGUCCGUAUUUACCUGCACGGAAGCGAUGACGUUUGUAUGCGAUUUUCAUUACACUGACUAUACAUUGAGAACAAUUCAUCGAAUGGUACACAAGAAACUUAAAGUACAAGACGAACAGGUGGAUCGAGUUUCACCGUUCAGACAACGGAACCGUUACAAUACGAAGAGUUAGGCACGAGAGACUCAAAACCAUACUCAGAUUUAGAGUGUCCGAUGUAUCAAAACACACGUGAAUAAAGACUACACAAAGGCUGCAUCAGUUUCCUUUCAAUGUCAUCUACCAGACGUUAGACUAUCUUAUGUUUAAGACAAAUGUGGGCAAUUAUGACUAGAUACCGAACGCUCCCACCAAUUUCUUAGGAUAAUUACGUCUUUGUUUCUAGAAAGUUUUCGUCGUAUUACAGAAAACAAAAACUAAUGUCGCGGAGUAAUAAGUUGUUUACUACUUAUGUAUUUGUAUUUGUUCUCCUCAAUUUCUAGUCUAUCACUUUUUCUCUUAAAUAAUGCGAAAUUCUUUAUGUAAUCUUAGUUUGAAAAUGAACAAUUUUUCUUUCUUAUUAUUGAGAUGUUUUGUAAGAGGUUCUUAAGUGACGUUGAUGUAAAACUUGCAGCAAAAUCUCCUUGGCUGAAAGAUUCGAAAGACAAUGAUUUUCAUUGUAUACAUAAGACUUGUUAAAAAGGUGGUUUAGAUGAAUAAAGUCUUGUAAACUACCGAACUGAAAAAGAUAUCAGUUAAUAAAGGUGUGAAAAAGUAACGCAUACAUAUGCCAAAUAACUGUUUAUCGUCAUGGAAAAACACAUCAACUGUAAUAACUUUGAUAGUAUAAUAGUAUAACUAUUUUCCUUCAUUUUUUAAUAACUUUCUUAUUUGAAAAGAUAUCACCAAGAACUCUCAACGCAUUGUUGAUUAGGUUGUCCGGGGCAUUUUGACAUAAAAACAAAGUAGUAAUGUGGACAGAUAUUUCUGAAAAAAUGUGAA